UUACCGCCUAACAUCAGGAAACUUGUUAUUUUGUGCCGUUUGGUUCAGUUAACGAUGUAAACAAAGGUAGCCAGACGCACUGAAGCUAUCUAAAGUCAACUGCUCAUGUUUGCUAGCCAUAUGGAGGCAUCCCUGGGAUCCCUGCACAGUCCUGAUUUGAGCUCUGUACUGUCAUCAUGUGAGCCAGAGCUUCAGGAGCUGAUGAGACAGAUCGACAUCAUGAUCAACCAUCAGAAGAGGGAGUGGGAGGCUGAGAUGCAGGACAUGAAGCUCAGGUUGAGGAGUGGGGAAGAGGAGCUGUUGACUUCCAGGAAUCUCAUCGAACGGAGGGACCUGGAGAUCGGACUGCUCCACCAGCAGCUGGAAGAAGUCCAGCCUGGUCGGCAAGAGCUGGUUGCCAAGUAUGAGCAACAGCUGCAGAAAGUCAGAGAAGAGUUAGACAAAUUAAAAAGAAGUUAUCACAAGCUUCAGCGCAAACAGCUGAAGGAGACCGAUGGAGGAGCCAAUGCUAAAGACAUGAUCCGACUCAAUGGAAAGAUCGAGGAGUAUCAGCAGCUCUCAGCAGACUGGGAGAAGCAGCGUGUCCAGCACCAAAACCAGCAAACAGCACUGGAGGCCCAGAAUAAGAGCCUGACUGAUGAGCUCACACACGUUAAAGCCCGACUGCAGGCGUUGCAAAAGGAGAGCGAGCACAGGGAGUGCUGCCUAGAGGUGCAACGUCUGUGCAGCCAGCUGGAGAAGGCUCAGGGCAGCCUGCACUCACAAGAGCUUGAACUGAAACGCCUUCGACCCCUCGAGAUUUGGCUGGGACAAUACCAGAGAGAGCAGCAGGUCCUGGCAGAGGAAAGGCAGGAGCUCCACGCCACCCUGGACUCCCAGGAUACAUUUGUGCGAAGAGCCAGUCUUGAACGCCAGAGGCUUCGCAAUGAAGCGGCCAGACUCAACCAAGUGCUGCAAGCUAAGGAUCAAGUCAUACGCUCUCUGGAGGAUUGUCUGGCAGCUCAGGGCUGUGAUGGAGUGGAAACCCUCAGACAAGAUCUGGAAAAGACCGCAGCCAAGCUACACUGCGCCCAGGCCUGUGAGGUUCACCUCAAGGCUGAACUGGCAUGUCUCAAAGAGAGACUGGAGAGGGUGAGCCGACAGAGAGCUGACCAGUCAACGAAGGAGGAACUGAGGAGUGUUAAAGCACAAUAUGAUUCCUCUGCUGCUGAAAUGAAGAAGCUCAGAGAGGAGCUUCAAAGGGCCAAGCAGACCCACAGCGGUGAGGUGGAGGGAAUGAGGAAGGAGGUUUCAAAGCUGACCGCCGAGCUGCACCAACGAGACAUCACCAUCGCCUCUCUGAACAGCGCCUCGUCCAGCAUCAAGCAGCAGCUCCGCGGUGAGGUGGAGCGAGCUGAAAAGAAGGCAGCUGAGCUUAAAAUGACUCAGGCGCAGCUGGAGACUCUACAAGCUGAGAACCAACAUCUGAAGGGCCUGCUACAGAGGCUGGAGUCUCAGUCACCAAAGAGGGGGGAUCCAUCACUUGCAUCCCUGAGGGAGAGUUAUGUGUCAUCUCUGAGCAACCUGGAGCAGGAGAAUCGGCAGCUGAGGCAGGCGCUCGCCCGACUGGAGGUCUCCAGCCGGACCUGUCAGGACAAAUAUGAACAGGCUCUCCUCAGCCAUGCCAUGACCGACCAACCACAGCCUGCACAGGAGAGAAAUCACAAACACAGGGAGGAGGCGCAGACAGCGACUCGCUCCGAAGGGGAGAUCCAGAAGCUUUUCAAACAGCUGCACACCCUGUCGCGUUCCCCUGGAGAGCACUCCUGUAGCCAGGCUGCAGACAGCGGGGCUCAUUCAACAGCAUCCUCCUCCACUUCCUCCUCCGGUAGCGCAAGACUCAGCAGGAAAAACUCAGUGCUGAGUACUGAUCACUCUGUUGCUGAUGGGCAAAGUUGCAGCUCUGAAGACUCUCUGCCUUUAAUGUCCAAAGAAAUAGUGAUACCCUCUCCCUCUCCAGUGGAGCUUUCGUCAGUGUCACCUAUAGACGGCAUGGUCUCUCGUUUCCUGGAGGAAGAGGACCUGAGGUCCACAGCGCUGCUCCACAGAUUGGACACCUUCAUCCAGGAUAUGAGUGAGAACAACACAAAGACAGUGUCAAAGUACCUUCCAAGCGGCUCUGGGCCCGAGUCUGCUCAGACUUCAGCACAGACUGGACGCCGCAUAUUCCAAUUUUUCAAGUGGCCUGGAAUGCACCGUUAAUACUCGCUUUGCAUUGACGUCCGGAGAAAAGAAUGUUGCUGCGAGCCAAAGAGGUGUCCGUCCUCCCUGCACGUCUGUCAUAACUGGGAAAAUACCACAUAUGUACAUGUCUAUCCAGACAUCUCACAGUCGGGAGGGAGAGAAUGCAGCUAAUACUGCAGCCCUCCUCAUUUCUCCCCCCGCUGCACCAACGCCACCAUCACCACCCACUGCAGAGGCCCUCGAGCUAGUCAAAUGCAGGAAUGUGUUGCCCAUGCCAAUGCUGUCAUGAACGUUACCCUGCGGCCUGCUUUGUCCUCAUCGUUAGAAAGCUGAUGGAAUGUUAAUAUUAACCAUGUGGGGCGCUCGACCUCGCAAACGCUGGAAGGCCCGAGGGGAUCGGUUAUAUUUUACUGCUCUCCUAAUGAAGGACACACUGAUAGAAUGGAAAUAAAGUGGAAUAUUCUCAAGAA